CACCCCUCGCCUACCUGAGGACAGGUGUAAAGAUGGACGCGGGGUUUGAGGACCUUGAGCUGCGAGAGGCGCAGAGAGAGUAUCUCGAUUUCUUAGACGAUGAUCAAGACCAAGGAGUUUACCAUGAGAAAGUGAGGAGAAUGGUUUCUGAAUGCCAGUGUCGUCUGAUUAUCAACAUCAACGACCUGAGAAAGCGGAAUGAGAAGAGGGCCAAGCAGUUGCUGAAGGAUGCAUUUAGUGAAAUUCUUGCUUUCCAAAGAGCUUUGAAGGACCUGGUGUCCUCUAUCGACACUACUUAUGCCAAGCAAUUUGAGGAGUUUCAUGUUGGGUUCGAAGGCAGCUUUGGAGCGCGACACGUUACUCCUCGAAGUCUGACUGCACGGUUUCUAGGAAACCUUGUCUGUUUAGAGGGCAUCGUCACUAAGUGUUCCUUGGUGAGGUUAAAGAUAACACGAAGUGUCCACUACUGUCCAGCUACCAAAAAGACCCUUGAACGCAGAUACACUGAUCUCACCUCCCUGGAUGCUUUUCCCUCUAGUGCCAUCUAUCCUACAAAGGAUGAGGAGAACAACCCGCUGGAGACGGAGUUUGGCCUCUGCACGUACAAGGACCACCAGACCCUCACUAUCCAGGAAAUGCCUGAGAAGGCUCCUGCCGGUCAGUUGCCCCGCUCAGUAGACGUCAUCAUAAACGAUGAUCUGGUGGACAAGAUGAAGCCAGGAGACCGGGUGCAGCUGGUGGGGAUGUACCGCUGCCUGCCAGCCAAGCAAGGCGGGUUCACCACUGGUACAUUCAGAACGAUACUGCUGGCCAACAACAUCAAGUUCAUGAGCAAGGAGAUUGUGCCAACGUUCUCUGCUGGUGAUGUGAGCAAGAUCAAGAAGUUCUGCAAAGCUCAUUCUAAAGAUGUCUUUGAGUAUCUCAGCAGGUCCUUAGCACCCAGUAUCCAUGGCCAUGAGUACAUCAAGAAGGCAAUUCUGUGCCUGCUGCUCGGAGGGAAUGAGACCAACCUGGAGAAUGGGACACGCAUUAGAGGGGAUAUCAACAUAUUACUGAUAGGUGACCCCUCUGUGGCCAAGUCUCAGCUGCUCCGCUAUGUGUUAUUCACCGCACCAAGGGCCAUUCCCACCACGGGCAGAGGAUCUUCCGGAGUGGGUCUGACUGCCGCGGUCACCACCGACACAGAGACUGGGGAGCGGAGGCUGGAGGCUGGAGCCAUGGUGCUGGCAGACAGGGGGGUUGUGUGCAUCGAUGAGUUUGACAAGAUGUCAGACAUGGACCGGACUGCAAUCCACGAGGUGAUGGAGCAGGGCCGGGUCACCAUCUCCAAGGCUGGAAUCCAGGCACGGCUCAAUGCACGCUGCAGCGUGCUGGCUGCUGCCAACCCCGUCUAUGGCAGGUACGAUCAGUACAAGACGCCCAUGGAGAACAUCGGCCUGCAGGACUCACUGCUGUCCAGGUUUGACUUGAUGUUCAUUGUACUGGACCACAUGGACCCCGAGAGUGACCGUGAGAUCUCUGAGCAUGUGCUCCGCAUGCAUCGUUACAGGACCCCAGGAGAACAGGAAGGUGCAGCCAUGCCCUUCGGGAGCAUGGUGGACAUGUUUGCCACUGAGGACCCCAAUAUCACUGAGGGCAGUGAGCAGGAGCUGCAGAUCUACGAGAAGAAGGACAAUGUCCUACAUGGGCACAAGAAGAAGAAGGAGAAGAUUGUCACCAUGGAGUUUGUGAAGAAGUACAUCCACGUGGCAAAGCUGGUGAAGCCGGUGCUGACCCAGGAGGCUUCUGACUAUAUAGCCGAGGAAUACUCCAAACUGAGGAGUCGCGACCAAGUCGACCUGGAAUCUGCACGUACGAUGCCUGUGACUGCUAGGGCCCUGGAGACGAUGAUACGGCUCGCCACAGCCCAUGCUAAGGCCCGCAUGAGCAAAACUAUCGAACUGGUUGAUGCAGAGGUUGCGCUGGAGCUCAUGCAGUUCGCCUACUUUAAAAAGGUUUUAGAGAAGGUGAAGAAAGUUCCAGAUGACCCUUUGGAUGUGUCACAGAGCCAAAAGCAGACAAGCCAGAGAGUCACAAGGAGGAGGGCUGAGAUCUUUAAGGACAGUGUGGACGUCGCUAUGGAUGUAUCGGAUCCGUAUGACUUCAGUGGUGAUGAACAGCACACUGAGCCUAGCCGGAAAGCCAAGCCCACAGGGUUGAGAAGCUCUCAAAAGAAGACUGACAUCAGCCUAGACCGGCUGAAGGCUUUUAAGACUGCACUGCUGAAGGUGUUCAAAGGGACCCGGUCGCAGUCCAUCACAGUCCCAGAGCUGCUGAUCCAUGUGAACAAGAGCAACCACGCUGAACCCUUUGAGGAGCGGGAGGUCAAGCAGCUACUGGGCCACAUGCAGGAUGACAACCAGGUCAUGCUCUCUGCAGAUGUGGUCUUCCUCAUUUGAAAGGCUGCCAUCACCCCUAGCUGGGUCCCCUGUGUAAUUAAAAUGGCCUUUCUGUAACUUUUGCACCUUUUCCACUAAUAAACAGG